UUACUUGCACCUUCUUCAACUGUUCUUGUUCUUGUUCUCCCAAGUCAAAUCGAGUUUACUUUAGUGGUCAAAAUUAUUAUUAUUAUUAUUAUUAUUGAUUAUUAUUAUUAUUGGAGAUUCCAUUCGAUACUCGAGAAAAGAGUAAUGAGUGUAUUUGAAGGCAAUGACCCCACAUGAGUGCUGGGAAUGCCAUUAAUGUUUUACACAUUGCCCCAUGUCCCAAAACCAAAACUUUUCCACACACACAUGCUUGCAUUUAGAGGGAGUAAGUAGUAGUUAUAGGAAUAGUCAAUACCGGCUAUUUAACCACACUGUUACUCUUUGUACUACUUUUUCUUUGAUGGGUAUCAGUGGUUUUUUGUUUUGCCCCUUGUUGUGUCUUCUUUAGCUUGGUUUAGGCUUUUUCCUUUUGUUUGUUUGUUAGGGGUAGAGAACUACUGGGUGGUGGUUGACCUGAACUCAGCAGUGAUUAGGAAUUUUGGGUUUUUGGAGUUCCAAUUUUUAUUUUUUGAGAAGUGGGUGGAGUGGUUCUAGGGUUUUUGAGGUGUGGUGGAUUCAGAUCUUUUGGUUUGUUGUUUUGCUGGGAAUUUUGAUAAAGGCUGUGUAUUUGGAAGAAAGGGAUGGAAAGAAGCUGCAUUGUGAAUCAAUUUCGAGGAGGGUGAAUUUGAGGCCUAGUGGGUCUGUGUGGUACAGUGUUUGCGAAGGGUUUGAUUGGGUUUCAAAUUCAAUUGAACUUAGAUCUGUUCUUGACUCGGUUUUGUGAAGGAAUUGGUGUUCUCUUUUGGGGAUUUGAGGGAAUGACUUGCGUGAAAUUGGGUUCCAAAGCUGAUGCUUUCCAUCGUCAAGGGCAGGCCUGGUUCUGCACAACUGGGCUUCCUAGCGAUAUAGUUGUUGAAGCUGGAGAGAUGUCCUUUCAUCUUCACAAGUUCCCUUUGCUCUCUAGAAGUGGAGUUCUGGAAAAAAUGAUUGCCGAGGCUUCUGAGUCAGAGGAAGAAUGUGUAAUAUCCCUCAGUGACAUUCCUGGUGGGGCUAAAACAUUUGAACUUGUGGCAAAAUUCUGUUAUGGUGUGAAACUUGAACUUACUGCAUCAAAUGUUGUGUACCUCUGGUGUGCUGCAGAGCGUCUUGAAAUGAAUGAGGAAUAUGGUGAAGGUAAUCUUAUUUCACAGGCUGAAACCUUUUUCAAUCAAGUGGUCCUCCACAGUUGGAAAGACUCUCUGAGGGCACUUCAAACCUGUGAUGAUGUUUUGGCCCAUGCUGAAGAGCUCCACAUUGUGAAAAGAUGCAUUGAAUCACUGGCAGCAAAGGCGUCUACUGAUCCAAAUUUAUUUGGGUGGCCAGUUCUGGAGCGUGGUGGUCCUUUGCAGAGCCCUGGCGGAAGUGUUUUGUGGAAUGGAAUAAGUACUGGGGCAAGACCCAAACAUUCGAGUUCAGAUUGGUGGUAUGAGGAUGUAACGAAUUUGAGUUUACCUCUUUAUAAGACAUUGAUAGCUGUCAUGGAAUCUCGAGGCAUUAGGCAGGAGAUUAUUGCUGGUUCUCUUGCUUUCUAUGCUAAAACAUAUCUGCCUGGGUUAAAUCGACGUCAGGUUUCUGGCGAGUCCAGUAGCCGUCCGUCACAGGUAGCUAUGGGGUCUCCACUAUCUGAAUACGACCAGAAGAUUCUACUGGAAGAGGUUGAUGGAUUGCUCCCAAUGCAGAAGGGUCUGGUCCAAACAAAGUUCUUGUUUGGUUUAUUACGAACAGCGAUGAUUCUACGAGUGAGCCCCUCUUGCAUAUCAAACUUGGAGAAACGGAUUGGCAUGCAGCUUGAUCAAGCUACUCUGGAAGGUCUCUUGAUGCCAAAUUUCUCAUAUUCAAUGGAGACUCUUUACAAUGUUGACUGUGUGCAAAGAAUUCUUGACCAUUUCCUUGCCAUGGAUCAGGUUACUGGCUGUGCCUCUCCAUGCUCAAUUGAUGAUGGUCAAUUGAUUGGGUCUCCUUCACUAACACCAAUCACCAUGGUAGCAAAGCUUAUUGAUGGUUAUUUGGCAGAGGUUGCCCCAGAUAUUAAUUUAAAACUUCCCAAGUUUCAAGCCCUUGCCGCUGCUGUUCCAGAGUAUGCCAGGCCUUUGGAUGAUGGUUUAUAUCGUGCCAUAGAUAUUUAUUUGAAGUCUCACCCAUGGUUGGUGGAGUCAGAGAGAGAGCAACUAUGUAGGCUGAUGGAUUGCCAGAAGCUCUCAUUAGAAGCAUGCACUCAUGCUGCGCAGAAUGAAAGGCUACCCAUCAGAAUAAUUGUCCAAGUUCUAUUUUUCGAGCAGCUCCAGCUUCGGACUUCAAUCGCCGGUUGCUUUCUAGUUUCGGACAAUCUCGAUGGAUCAAGGCAGUUGAGAAGUGGUUUUGUUGGAUCUACAGAGGGUGGCUGGGCGUCGGCCAUGAAGGAAAACCAGGUUUUGAAAGUGGGAAUGGAUAACAUGAGGAUGCGGGUGUCUGAGCUUGAGAAGGAGUGCUCAAACAUGAGGCAGGAGAUUGAGAAACUGGGUCGCACGAAGGGAUCAAGCGCUUGGGGAACCGUGUCUAAGAAACUUGGGUUUAAGUUAAAGUCUCAGAUGUGUAGUGCUCAAGAAGGGUCAGUUAGCAACCAGAACAACGCAAAUAAUAAUGUUGAGAAGUUGAAGGAAAGACAUGUAAAGCACAAGAAAGGUUCUUCUAUUAGUGACAAAGCAUCAGUCUCUUCAAUUGUUCAUUCGUAGUGUCUAAAUGUUAAUUCACUCACAAGGUCUUUUCUCUCGUGUUACUGUGUCACAUAUUGACUAAUCAAUUUCUUUGCCCGUUACUCAAGCAAAGUAUAACUCAGAUGGAACAAGAGUCUCUGUAUUGUGUAAAACCGUAGAUUUAGCUUCUUUUUUUUCCCUUUCCUUUGUCCCACUACAUCUGCAUAUAAAAAUUUCCAUGCACAUUAUGUCUCCUACUUGUCCAAAAUAUUCAUUUGUUUGAAUUUUAAUAGAGGUAUGUCUAAGGAUUUAUUCCUUAAAAUUA